CCAUGCCUAUUUAUAGCCUUUCCAACAUCACUGCCUUCCACCAUCACCACCAAACAUCUCUCCCUCAUCUACACUUCCUUCUCUGUUUCUAAUCGCCAUGGACAUUCAAAUUCCUUCUUGGGUUUUUUACGCAGCAGCAUGGAUGGCCACUCUUGCCAUCCUCCUCCUCUCCCGCCGCCUCCGCCGUCCAAAUCUCAAUCCACCGCCGGGACCCAAGCCUUGGCCCUUCAUCGGAAAUCUCCACUUGAUUGGUUCUCUGCCGCACCAGUCCAUUCACCAACUCUCCAAGAAAUACGGCCCCAUCAUGCAGCUUCGUUUCGGCUCAUUCCCUGUGGUUGUUGGCUCCUCCGUCGAGAUGGCUAAGAUUUUCCUCAAAACCCAUGAUCUUAACUUCGUGUCCCGCCCCAAAACCGCCGCUGGAAAGUACACCACCUAUAACUACUCCGACAUCACUUGGUCUCAAUAUGGCCCUUAUUGGCGUCAAGCUCGGAAGAUGUGUUUGUUGGAGCUUUUCAGUGCGAGAAGACUCGAUUCCUAUGAGUAUAUCCGUAGGGAAGAAAUGAAGGGUUUGAUUAAAGAAAUAUACAAAUCUUGCGGCGAAGGAAUCCAACUCAAAGACUACUUGUCUACUCUGAGUUUGAACGUGAUAAGUCGAAUGGUGUUGGGGAAGAAGUACACAGAGGAGUCAGAAAAUGGGAUUGUUAGUCCAGAUGAGUUCAAGAAAAUGUUGGACGAGCUGUUCUUGCUGAGUGGCGUGCUCAACAUUGGGGACUCGAUACCAUGGAUUGAUUUCUUGGAUUUGCAGGGGUAUGUGAAGAGAAUGAAGGCACUGAGCAAGAAAUUCGACAGAUUUCUUGAGCAUGUGCUGGAUGAACAUAAUGAAAGAAGAAAGGGAGUGGAGGGUUAUGUGGCGAAGGAUAUGGUGGAUGUUUUGUUGCAAUUGGCUGAUGAUCCCAAUCUUGAAGUGAAGCUUGAAAGGCAUGGAGUGAAGGCAUUUACGCAGGAUCUUAUAGCAGGUGGAACAGAGAGCUCGGCAGUGACAGUGGAGUGGGCAAUGUCGGAGCUCUUGAAAAACCCAGAGAUCUUCGGCAAGGCAAGGGAGGAGCUUGAUAGAGUGAUCGGGAGGGGAAGAUGGGUGGAGGAGAGGGACAUGGUUAAUUUGCCUUACAUAAACGCAAUUGCGAAAGAGACGAUGAGGCUGCACCCUGUAGCGCCAAUGCUAGUGCCGAGAAUGUGUCGGGAGGACUGCCGGAUUGCAGGGUAUGACAUAGUGAAAGGGACGAGGGUGCUUGUGAACGUGUGGACGAUUGGGAGGGACUCGGAGGUGUGGAAAAACGCACAUGCUUUUGACCCGGAGAGGUUCGUGGGAAGCAGCGUGGAGGUGAAAGGGCAGGACUUCGAGCUGUUGCCAUUUGGGUCCGGGAGGAGGAUGUGCCCUGGAUACAGUCUUGGCCUCAAGGUUAUACAGUCGAGUCUUGCCAAUCUAUUGCACGGGUUCUGUUGGAAGUUGCCCGGGGACAUGGAGAAGGAAGACUUGAACUUGGAAGAAGUGUUCGGUCUUUCAACUCCCAAGAAAUUUCCUCUCCAGGCAGUAGCCCACCCUCGACUUCCUCCCCAUCUCUACUCUUUCAAAUAAAUAUGUUCUCCGAGGAUAUGUAGCUUUCAUAAACACUUAAUAUUCAUGUUUUUAAAUUUUGAGUAAGUAUUUUAUUUUACUAAAUGUGAGUUGUAGUCUAAAUCUUUCACUUUUAAGU